AUGGCGUCUCCCGUUUCUCAUCGCCGGCUUGUCGCAUCUAUCGUUUAUCGAACUCUCUACCUUCUUCUCUACGUCUGUCUGCUAGGACUGCUAAUAUCCACCCCUGCCGACGCCAUUCAUCGCUCGUUCCAAAAUCGACAGCUCUACAACAUCUGGAUCGUCGCUGCCGCCUACGUUCUCGCCAUUGUCAUUAUUUCCUUCGUCUUUAUCACCCGUCUAUACAUCAACAAGACCGAUCUUGGGUCGAUACCGAAAGGAUGGGUACCAAUCGAGAAGGGGGAUCUUCGCUCGGCUGUCUAUAAAGUAAUUGCGCUGGGUCUUGGGCGAAGUGCAUCGAUCGCAUACGAAUCGCGCCCCAGGCUUCAAACAGACAACACGGCACCGGAUGAUGAAACUGUCGAAACAAGGGUUAAGCUGGGUUUUGAUGGUCCUGGCGGUCCGGCGGAGGAGUUGGUGGUGGUGAUCCCUCGUAAAAAGCCUGUUUGGGGAGACAUCGAACAUUAUGGAUGGUCUUCACCCAACGCUCCGGAUUUACCGAACCUCGAGUACAACACUGUCUUCUCAGAACUGCCUAAUUUGAUCGAGGGCAAAGCUUUGACUCUUGCGCCUCCUGACCCGACCUCCGAUACGAACCCGCCUCUGCUGGACCCAGACGCUGUAGCUCUUCUGCAGCGAACCGCCAAUAUGAGCCUGCGCGAUUACGUAGUUCACCUGGCUGAAUUGGGGGUGAUCGAGAUGGAUUCAACCACUAUCGAGUUUCUUUCACACUAUGAGUAUGCACGCUUCUCGAAUCGACCAAUUUCCAAUGCUCAGUUUAAGGAGCUUAUGCAUCUUUUUGCCGAGAUUCUUCGCGCCAUGGAACCCCUGGAUCCAGAUGUUUUGGACGAGCAAGACGAUGCGUCUUCACCCUCUACCGAUGGCGAUGACGAUACUAGAUCAAGGCUGGGCACGUCUCGCAGUAAUCUGGCUCCCUCCGACGCUAGCAUCAGCAGCUCUGCUCGAAUACGGCGCCAACCAUCCACGAAUACCUGGAACGUUUAUGAGACUGCUCCUAACAGCGUGAGGAGUGGAUUUACCGGGCCAGGGUCCAUAUCACGAAGACUUAGCAAUAAUAGUCUUGCUCGAAGUCGGCGUCAUUACCCCAUGAGCCAGCCAUCAACCUCCAGCCUUCGAUCCAAAUCAUCAGCUAGCUCGGGGUCUGUUAUUCGACUUGCGACACGGCACGACUCAACAGACCUGCCUUACGUCCUCAGCUUGAGAGAUACGACGGCUAGCUACUAA